UCCUCUUCCACUUUCCCCUCGCCCCCAGUCCCCGCUCCACAGCCCAGCCGCUCCGCCUCCACUGCUACUGCGAGCGAGAGGAGCUUCGAGAGCCUAGGGUUUCCCCAGCCUCCUCCCCCCGCGCUCCCAUGGCCGUCGCCGAGGUGGUUCUCGAGGUCCACCCCCAGCCGCCGCCGCCGCCGCGGGAGCCGGCCGUCGCGCUCCCGGACCUCGCCGUGCCGAAAUUGCUCCAGUACCUCUACCUCGCGAGCGCGUGGGUCGCCUGCGCGGGCGUGGCCGCCGCGACCGCCGCGCGCCGGGCCUUGGGCGACGAUUCCCCGGUGACCUACGCGUUCCUCAAGGUCUCGAUCGGAGCCCUCGCCUUCCCCGCGCUGCUCGUCCUCAUCGUCGCCCUGCGGCUCCUCCGCGCCAUGUGCGCGGCGGGGUUCAGGCUUUCGCUCCGCACCUUUGCCAGGGAGAUUCAGAUCCAUUCGAGUAAGAUGUUUGGAGCAUUAACCUGGAAGGUGCUGCUGAACCCUGCUGUACUCGUGGUGCUCGUGUCUUUCCUUUUCUUCCUGCUGCUCGGAGCAGGUGUUCUGGUGCUUGGGGGGCUGUUACCAGUGGAGGAAUCUCAGAGGGAAAAGAUUGGUUCUGCACUCUUUGAUACGGGGGUAUUGGGUGCCAUGGCAAUGUCUUGCUUUGUCAUCAUACCCAGUUUUGCGCUGAAGCUCUGGAGGAGCAAGUAGCGCAGCGAGGUGGCAAUGCUGCACGGCAUUGCGAUAUCUCAGGCAAGGACAAGUAGAGAAGGCACUAAAGAUCGACAAGCAGUUACAGAACAGACCCUGAAUUCUGCUGGGCGUCUGUGGUUUGAAGCUGUUUUAGAGAAAUAAUUUGCUCUUGCAGACUUUAUUAAGUCGUUCUUGGUGCUGUGCUGUAUAUAUGAAAUGUUGCUGGAACUCGUAACCUGAUGCUGAAGCGUGCGCAAUGGGGUCACUGUGGUUGUCGCUACCCUCUCGGAACAUAAGUAGUUCCGUUGUCUCGUGAAACGAAUGUAACUGAUUCACCGUUGUGACACGGCCCUGGAUCUGUGGGUGGUUUGGGUGCCUUUGUGAACAUUGGUCUUUGUCAGUCAUAUAUAUCAACACCGUUGGACAUUGGUAUUGUGGUCU